AUGACAUUUAUUGGCUUAUUUUUCUUCUGUAUGCUGAUGAACAUCCUAACAGAUGCUCGAUCAAUCCUAGAUGCAGAUGAUCCUUACCAGGAGUCUGUAGCCUUGCCUUACUGGCCCUUCUCAGCCAAUGAUUUCUGGUCCUAUGUGGAGUAUUUCCGGACCUUGGGAGCCUACGACAGGAUUGAGGAAAUGGCCAGAGCCUUCUUUGCCCAGUUCCCUUUUGGGAGUCACCUUGGCUAUCACGUGCCCAACCACGAGCACUGA